AAAAAGCAUUCACCCCACCUCAGACAUUUGCUAGUCCUACCGACUUACAGAUGCUCUGCACUUGCUACUAGAAAUGUCACCAUCAGAAAUCUCAGAGUCAUUCCCUGGCUGCAGAGUUUAAAAUUUCCGGGCCUCACUGCACUGUGUGAUUGGCCACCCCAGAUCUAACCUCCAUGCAAAUGAAGUAACGACGAAGCCCCCGCCAGCAGAAGAUCAAUACAGGUCUAGAAAGCAAGGGGAAUGCAUUCUGCUUAGGCAAGCUCAGGGACACAAGCAAAGAAAUAUCAAAAUAAUUCUUCAUCACACAGAACUACUUUUUCUAAAGUCAUUAUUUCUUUGUUAUUAUUCUUUCUUAUGAACCCAGGAUGAGCACCAAAGAGGAUUCAGCCAAGUGUCCCCCUCCAGCUCCACUUUCCAGUUUCACCAUACAGUCCAUUCUUGGCACUACAUCGGAGGCGGGGGCUCGACCAAGUGGCAGGGACUGCGCCAGGGGAAUCUCCUUGCAGAAGACAGCUCUCUGUGUCUCCUCCGACGACGAAGAAGAUUGCUUAGAGGACAGCAAUGCCAAACAACACGGCUGUUUUUGUUCGGACCCUUCAUUGCACAAGGAACAACCUUGCAAUAAGCUACAGCAACCUAUAAGCUUCACAUGUUUCAGCACAUCAAAGGAAAUCAGUACAGCAGUGGUGGAAAGUACAGGCAGAAGGCAACAUCACCAUGCAGUCCAGCAGUCCGCCUUGGAUUUUAAGGACGAAAAGGACAAAAAUUGUCCACAUAACUCCCCGGCUUUAGGAGACAGACCGAGAGACGUGGGGGACCGACACAGCGGUAACGCAGCCAAGAAAAAGACACGCACAGUUUUUUCUCGAAGCCAGGUCUACCAGCUUGAGUCCACAUUUGACAUGAAAAGAUACCUGAGCAGCUCAGAAAGAGCAUGUCUUGCCUCCAGUUUGCAACUUACAGAGACUCAAGUAAAAACAUGGUUCCAGAACCGUCGGAACAAAUGGAAAAGACAGCUUUCUGCAGAACUUGAGGCUGCAAACAUGGCCCAUGCAUCAGCUCAGACUUUAGUGGGUAUGCCAUUGGUUUUUAGGGACAAUUCUCUUUUGCGAGUACCAGUCCCAAGAUCCAUUGCCUUUCCUACCCCUUUGUAUUAUCCAGGCAGUAACCUCUCGACGUUACCUAUUUACAAUCUGUACAACAAACUGGACUAUUGAUUUUAACAUUCACUGCCCAACACAUGACACAUAAAUGUAUAUUUCUUUAUAACCUUUAUUUGCUGAAAAUUUAUCUUUCUUAAAUAGCACUGUAAAUACGACGUCGGACUGAUACUUUAAAUGUAAUUAAAUACACAAUGUGUAUUACUUAUUUUGCAUUU